GUGACCCCCAAGGCCACCUGGCCCUCGCCAUGCGGACCCCGCGAGCGCCCCCUCCCGGCCCGGCCCUGCUGCUGCUCCUGCCGCUGCUCCUGGGGGCCGCCCACGGUCUGUUCCCCGAGGAACCUCCGCCUCUCAGCGUGGCCCCCAGGGACUACCUGAGCCACUAUCCCGUGUUCGUGGGCAGCGGGCCUGGGCGCUUGAGUCCCACCGACGGCGCUGAAGACCUCAAUAUCCAGCGCGUGCUGCGUGUCAACCGGACACUGUUCAUUGGGGACAGAGACAACCUGUACCGCGUGGAGCUGGAGCCCCCCACGACCCUGGAGCUGCGCUACCAGCGGAAGCUGACAUGGCGUUCCAACCCCAGUGACAUCGAUGUAUGUCGCAUGAAGGGCAAGCAGGAGGCCGAGUGUCGGAAUUUUGUGAAGGUGCUGUUGCUUCGAGACGAUUCCACGUUGUUCGUGUGUGGCUCCAACGCCUUCAAUCCAGUGUGUGCCAAUUACAGUAUGGACACACUGCAGCCUCUUGGGGACAACAUAAGCGGCAUGGCCCGUUGCCCAUAUGACCCCAAGCAUGCCAAUGUCGCCCUCUUCUCAGACGGAAUGCUUUUCACAGCCACCGUGACAGACUUUCUAGCCAUCGAUGCUGUCAUCUACCGCAGCCUCGGGGACAGGCCCACUCUGCGCACCGUAAAACACGACUCCAAGUGGUUUAAAGAGCCCUACUUUGUCCAUGCAGUGGAAUGGGGCAGCCACGUCUACUUCUUCUUCCGGGAGAUCGCGAUGGAGUUCAAUUACCUGGAGAAGGUGGUGGUGUCCCGUGUGGCUCGAGUGUGCAAGAAUGACGUGGGUGGCUCCCCGCGUGUGCUGGAGAAGCAGUGGACGUCAUUCCUGAAGGCGCGGCUCAACUGCUCAGUGCCGGGCGAUUCCCACUUCUACUUCAAUGUGCUGCAGGCUGUGACAGGGGUGGUGAUCCUGGGCGGGCGGCCCACGGUCCUUGCCGUCUUCUCCACUCCCAGCAACAGCAUCCCCGGCUCGGCCGUGUGCGCCUUCGACAUGACCCAAGUGGCCGCAGUGUUUGAAGGCCGUUUUCGUGAGCAGAAGUCCCCCGAGGCCAUCUGGACACCGGUGCCGGAGGAACAGGUGCCACGGCCCCGGCCCGGGUGCUGCGCGGCCCCUGGCUCACAGUACAACGCAUCCAGCGCCCUGCCUGACGAGAUUCUGAACUUCGUCAAGACCCAUCCGCUGAUGGACGAGGCGGUGCCCUCCCUGGGCCACGCACCCUGGAUCGUGAAGACCCUGAUGCGGCACCAGCUGACCAGAGUGGCUGUGGAUGUGGGCGCUGGCCCCUGGGGUAACCAGACUGUGGUCUUCCUGGCUUCUGAGAUGGGCACCGUCCUCAAGUUCCUCGUGCGGCCCAAUGCCAGCGUCUCAGGGACCACUGGGCCUAGUGUCUUCCUAGAGGAGUUUGAGACCUACCGGCCCGACAGGUGUGGACCGUCUGGCGGUGCUGGUGAGCCGGGGCAGCGGCUGCUGAGCCUGGAACUGGACGCCGCCUCGGGAGGCCUGCUGGCGGCCUUCCCCCACUGCGUGGUGCGCGUUCCUGUUGCCCGCUGUCAGCAGUAUUCUGGGUGCAUGAAGAACUGCAUUGGCAGCCAGGAUCCCUACUGUGGAUGGGCCCCAGAUGGUUCCUGCAUCUUCCUCAGCCCAGGAACCAGAGCCACAUUUGAGCAGGACAUAUCCGGGGCCAGCACCUCAGGCUUAGGGGACUGCACAGGACUCCUGAGGGCCAGCCUGUCGGACGAGCGAGCAGGGCUGGUGUCCGUGAACCUGCUGGUGACGUCGUCGGUGGCCGCCUUCGUGGUGGGCGCGGUGGUGUCGGGCUUCAGCGUGGGCUGGUUCGUGGGCGUGCGCGAGCGGCGCGAGCUGGCCCGGCGCAAGGACAAGGAGGCCAUCCUGGCCCACGGCGGCGGCGAGGCGGUGCUGAGCGUGAGCCGCCUGGGCGAGCGCCGCGCGGGGCCGGGAGGUCGCGGGGGAGCCGGCGGCGGGGGACCCCCGGAGGCCCUGCUGGCGCCCCUCAUGCAGAACGGCUGGACCAAGGCCACGCUGCUCCAGGGCGGCCCCCACGACCUGGACGCCGGGCUGCUGCCCACGCCGGAGCAGACGCCGCUGCCGCAGAAGCGUCUGCCCGCGCCGCACCCGCACGCGCACCCGCACGCACACGGCCUGGGCCCCCGCGCCUGGGAGCUCGGCCACCCGCACCCGCUGACCCCGGCCUCCGCCUCGGCCUCCGCCUCGCUGCUGCUGCUGGCCCCGGCACGCGCCCCCGAGCCCCCCGCGGCCCCCGCAGAACCGGGUCUCGACGGUCGCCACCACGGUGCCCCCAGGCCUGGCCGGGCGUCGCAUCCCGGGGACUUCCCGCUGACCCCCCACGCCAGCCCGGACCGCCGGCGGGUGGUGUCGGCGCCCACGGGCCCCUUGGACCCCUGCUCGGCAGGGGACAGCCUGCCCAGGCCCUGGAGUCCACCCCCGACGGGCAGCCUCCGGAGACCGGGUCCCCACGGGCCGCCGGCCGCCGCCCUGCGCCGCACGCACACGUUCAACAGCGGCGAGGGCCGGCCCGGGGACCGUCACCGCAGCCGCCACCCCAGGCCCGGCCCGGACUUGGCCCAUCUCCUCCCCUAUGGGGCAGCGGACAGGACUGCGCCCCCUCCGGUGCCCUAGGCGGGGCGGGGGGGGGGACCCGGACGCCUUGGCGGUGCCAACCGUGGGAACCUGGAACCGGGCAUGGCGCGAGAUCGCCGGGGCCCGCUGGUUCCGAGUGGGGGCAUCAAGCCCCGUGUGUCCACGCGGGGUCCCCUUGCCACAGGGAAGCACAACAGGCCCUGGACCCCCGGGGCGGGGGACAGGACAUGGACUCGAGGUGCCCCCAGGUGGGCGGAGGAAACAGCUGUGAAUUGGAGGUGGACCUUCUGCUCAUCCACUCUGGUUUCUUUGGCAGAUUUUUCUUUCUCUUCUUUUCUUUUUCUUUUUUUCUAACGAAUUGCACAUCCGUUCUCGGGGUGGC